GAGACACACAGCUAGCUGAGAACAGUUGGUGUUGUCAGAUGAUUAAUAUGAUUAAUAUCAUAAGGUUAUCAGAGCCUGGUUGAGGAGUGUAUCUGCAGAAGGUGAAUAGCUGUGAGGAGAGAAGAGGAGGAUAUUCAGCAGACUGAAGGUCUACAGGUGAAUACAGGUGAAUACAGGUGAAAACAGGUUCAAAUUCCAGUCUCUCCCUCCCUCCGUCGGAUUGUGGAGGACUGUCAGCUGCUGGAAGGACUGAAACACUACGAGGGAAAAUCUGAAGGAUCUAAGGCGAGCUGCUGCUGCUGCUGCUUUCACAGUUUGAUUCUCUUCAGUCUCCGUGUGGUAAAAAAAAUUAAAUCAUGGGAGCCAACGACCUCAAAAUGAACUGUGACCCCGCGGGGUCACGACCUCCUGCCCGACGCCGGAGUCUCUUCAACAGCAUCAAGUUCUUUGUGUUUUGUCACAGUUUGCUGCAGCUGGCUCAGUUGUUGGUGUCGGGCUACAUGAAGAGCUCCAUCGCCACCAUCGAGAGACGCUACGGCCUCACCAGCCAGAAGUCAGGCCUGCUGGCUGCUUUCAACGAGGUGGGGAACACCGUCCUCAUUGUGUUUGUGAGUUUCUUGGGGAGUCGAGUCCACCGGCCGCGGUUCAUCGCAGGCGGAGCUCUGCUGGCCUGCCUCGCCUCGCUGCUGAUGGCACUGCCGCACUUCCUGGGCGGGAAGUACGAUUACACCGACCGCAUCAGCUUCUCCGGUGAUAGCAGCGCUGGCCUCUGCCAAUCAGAGAGCACCCUCACCACCGCAUCCUCCAAUCAGACCUGCAGCUCUCAGGAGAGCCACGACCAGGACGGGGUGUACCCGCUGCUGCUGAUGGGUCAGCUGCUGCUGGGGAUCGGCGCCGUCCCCAUCCAGCCCUUCGGCAUCUCCUACAUCGACGACUACGCCAGCAGGAAGAACUCACCGCUCUACCUCGGCAUCGUCCUCGCCGUGACCUCCAUCGGCCCGGCCUUCGGCUUCAUCACCGGCUCCGUCAUGCUGCGCUAUUAUGUUGACUUUGACAAGGUAUCCAAAGACGAGAUCGAGUUGAACGAUAAGGACCUGCGCUGGGUGGGAGCCUGGUGGCUGGGCUUCCUGGUGGCGUCCUGCCUCAUCUUCCUCACCGCGCUGCCCUACCUCUUCUUCCCCAGAAGCAUGUCCAAAGAGGACGGCGCCGACGACGACGUGGAGUCCAGAUCGGACGGCAAGCAGCAGCAGACGAAGCCGCCGCUCCAGGAAACGUCUCAGCUUCACUUCCUCAAAAGUUUCCCUCGCAUCGCUCUGCGGACCCUGCGGAGUCCCAUCUACCUGCUGGUGGUUCUGGCACAGGUCAACCUGGCGGCGCUGAUGUCCGGCCUCGCCACCUUCAUGGCCAAGUUCAUUCAGAGACAGUUCAGCCAGACCAUCUCCUUCUCCAACAUGAUGAUCGGAGGCGUUUGUAUCCCGCUGGCGGUGCUGGGAAUCGUCCUGGGUGGGUUUCUGAUGCGGAGGUUGAGUAUUUCAGUCAGCGGUGCCGGUAAGUUGUGCAGCGCCGCCAUCCUGCUCUGCCUGAUCGUCUCCACGCCGCUGUUACUCAUCGGCUGCCCCACACAGAAGAUCGACGGCGUCUUCCCUCCCAGCGGCGGUGCGUUGGUGUGCAGCGCCGGCUGCCGGUGUCCUCAGGAGGCCUUUAACCCGGUCUGCGGGUCGGACGGCGUCGAGUUCAGGUCUCCUUGCCAUGCCGGCUGUGUCGCCGUGGAGACGGAUCCCCACAACAAAACCACAAACUACACUGAGUGCCGGUGUGUCGGCGGCAGUCUGGGCUCGGCGUCUCCCGGGACCUGCGGCAGCGGAUGCUCCCACCUCCUCGUCCCCUUCGUGGCUCUGCUCGGCAUCACCAGCUUCAUCUGCGCCGUCUGUCAGACGCCGUCCUACAUGAUGAUCCUCAGGACGGUGCCCACGGAGGACAAGUCUUUUGCAGUGGGAGUUCAGUACAUGCUGUUCAGAGUUCUGGCGUUCAUGCCCGGCCCGGUGUUGUACGGCAGCGUCAUCGACACCACCUGCAUCCUGUGGGGCAAAAAGUGCGGCAACCCGACGUCCUGUCAGUAUUACAACCUGGACCUUUUCAGACAGAGGUUUCUGGGCCUGCAGGUGAUCUUUGUGUGCGGCAGUCUGCUCUGCUUCCUGCUGACCAUCGUGGUGCUGCGCCGGAGGGCAGGACGUCAGCAACCGCCGCCGGGAGGUAGAGGCUACGAGCUGGCGAACGAUUCGCCUGAAGAGAAAGAACCGAAGAGCGUCAAGACCUGAAGAGACUUGACCGGACGACGAAGAAGAGGAGCUGAACGAGGAGGCAGAGGAGCUGAACGAGGAGGAAGAGUUAGUACAGGAGGUCGUAGAGGAAACGUGGAAUCUGCUGACGAAGCUGCAUCGAGUGUUUCAUGUGGAGGAUCAGUCAGUCUGCAGAUCCGUCCGCUGGGAUUCCUGGUGUGUUUCUACAUAAACUCAGAGAUAUAUUAAAUAUAUAUACACACAUA